CCCAUUUUGUACGGGUUUCGACGAGCAUCAUUCGGUUUGUUGUUGGCGACGGUGAAUUGGUUGGCAUUUCCAGCUACCGCCCUUUACUCGGUAAAUCCCAUUCACCUCUCCGCGCCCAAACAUCCACCCAUCAAUUUCUGGCCGUCUGUCUCGACAAGUCUUUCUCGCGUCCAUUCCAACACAAACGCGUUUUUGAUCCGUCGCAAACGCAUCCAGGAUUUCAAGUUUACACUUCACAUCGGCUACACUUUUAUUGGGCUUGAAAUAUUUGUCCAUCAAAUUUUUUUUUUACGUUAGGUCUCUUUCUUCGGCUCGCCGAAAACCAGGCCAUUUCACCUUGUCUGUGCGCCCACCUGUCAUCUUGCCCUCUCAUCCAACUUGCCGAACAGACGACAACAUAGGCCUUUAACAUGCCUUACCGUAUUGAGGUUUCCAAGAACAACCGUGCCGGUUGCAAGGACUCGGUCUGCAAGAAGGAAGCAGUCAAGAUCACCAAGGGCGAGCUCCGUCUCGGAACAUGGGUUGAGAUCAACGAGCAUGGCGGCUGGCAGUGGCGUCAUUGGGGUUGUGUCUCGGGAGAGCAGAUCCUGAAUAUGCGCAACAUGCUAGAUAAGGACGGCACUGGCGACUAUGAGUGGGAUAUGCUUGACGGGUGGGAGGAGCUUGAAGAUUUCCCCGUGCUGAGGGAGAAGGUUCAGCGGGUUAUCACUCAGGGUCACAUCGACCCCGAGGACUUCAAGGGCGACCCCGAAAUGAACAAACUCGGUCAGAGAGGCAUCCACUCCAAAAAGAAGAAGGCUAAGGCAUCCGAGGACGACGAGGAGGAGGACACCAAGCCUGCUGCGAAAAAGGCCGCCGCUAAGCGUGGCCGCAAGAAGGCCGAUGCCGAUGAGGACGAUGAGGAGAAGCCCCCUGCUAAGAAGGCCAAGAAGGCCGAAGGCAAGACUGCUACCGUCAAGAAGGAGGAAAGUGAUGUCGAGGAGCAGGCGGCCGAAGAGGAGAAGCCUAUUACCAAGGUCAAGGGCAGGGGUAAGAAGGCUGCUGCCGCCGUCAAGAAGGAGGAAAGCGACGCCGAGGAUGUCAAAGAGGAGAAGCUUGCUACCAAGGCCAAGCCUAGAACAAAGAAGGCCGCCGCCCCGGCAGUGAAGAAGGAGGAGAGCGACGUUGAAGAUGUCGCGGCUGUUGAUGAGAUCCCUGCCAAUGAGGAGGAGCGGGCGAAGACCGAACCUCCUGCCAAGAAGAAGGCCACCAGGGCUAGACCUCCGCGCGCAGCUCGCAAAGCUGCCAUCAAGGAGGAGAGCAGCGACAAAGAGGAUGACGACGAAGAAGAGGAGGAGGAGAAGGAAGUCCCGAAGAAGAAGAAGGGCAAGGCUGCCGCUGCCGCCAAGGGCAAGGGCAAGAAGGCGAAGAAGGCUCCUUCACCUGAACCCGAGUCUGAACACGAGUAUGCUCAGCAGAACGAGGAGGACAACGGCGAUGACAAGGAUGUCAACGGGGAGUCUGACGCGGCGGAGGUGGAGGAAGAAGAGAAGGAAGAGAAGCCUGGUCCGAAGGCGAAGAGAGGGGGCCGCAAGGCAGCUGCCGAGAAGCCGGCUGUUAAAAAGCGUGGUAAAAAGGUGUGAGAGGGUUGAAGCUGUUGAUGUUAUCUUUCUUUGGUGUUGAGCAGCAGCAGCAGCGAGCAGACCUGCCUAUGCAGUGCUUGUGUUAUGCGAUGCCAUGUGGUGCAGAGAGCGCGGCGGCGCAAGAUGCCAGUAAAUGUUCGCAUGAGUUUUAUUAUUUCGGUCAGACAUCUCAAGACAUUCUCUCUUUCAGUCAAAGAGCUGGCUGGAUCUAGAUUACUGUGUCAAAAUUCAGCGAGUGUAUUGAAAGGACCAAUUAAAUGUAGGUAAUCUCUACUGUAAAGCUCCCAUCUUUGUAUGUAAUCAGCCUUAUGGGCCAUCAGAUUGAUGAACAGAUGAGAGUUACUUCAGAUUCUGAAUUGAAUUUUACAUGGACCAUUUUCUGUUUACAUCUCUUUGUUACCAUAUCCGGUUCCUUAUGUCAACGACACAUCAAAACAUGAGCUAAAUAGGACUCAAAAGACCAUAGUUGCAUUACUGCGGCGAAGCACUCGACUCAACUUGACUUAACCAACACCUGAAACAGCAGCUGGUGGUUGGUGUUGAUAAUGAUGGUGUGGGCUGGUUGAUACAAUGUGGUGUGGUAGUCUUUCUUUUGUUUGCGCUAGGUAGGUAGACUUGGUUCUGAGACUGUGAAGUAUCUGAAAGUUGUUGCGUGAUCUAACUCGAGAGACAGGAAAGACAUAAAGAACGGGCUUGAUGUGCGCAAUUGCGCGAUUCGUU